GACGCCCCUGGGCGCUAAGCGAGACCCACUACUCCUGAAAAGACGCUCACCUCAGCUGAACCAACAUCGAACCCUCACCAGACCCCAGGACCCCAAGACGCCUUCAUCAAACCUGCCCCAAGUUGCCCCUCACCAACGAUCUGUGACAGCUGUCCGCACGGCAUCUGCAUCUGCAUCUGCAUCUCCGAUGCUCGCCCCCCCCUUAUCCACACCCAACGGCCGGCCAAGGUGCGCACAUGGCGUGCUGUCUGCCCUGUUCGCCUGGACGAGCAAUUUGCACCCAACCCCAACCCCGGGACCUCGCCGCACCGUCGGCUCUUUGCGCGUCAAAUCCCAGCUUACGCGGUGUACGUACAACGACAACAUCAGCGCAGCUCCAUCCACCGCCCACGACGGUCCCAUUGGCGCACAUACGGCGGCGCGGGAGAAGGUAAACAUAGAGCGGACAGCAGUCAGAUAGGCUAAUUAACGGCAACUCUGUUGCACAGUGGCCUUGUGGUGAAACUCGAGCGCGAGAGGGGAGCUGUCCCGUACGAGCGCGGUACGAUGCGGGCGUAAGAGAGGAUGCACCGAAGCGGGAGAUCGACGUUUCGCUCUGAGCUGACUUGAGAAUCUAGCCUUGCAUCAAUAAAUGCUGACCCAGCCCUACAGAGUAGACCACACUACACCCCUUCGGUGCGUCGUGUGACUUUUGCACGCCGGCUACUGGCCAAGUCUCAGCGCCUCUGGCGAUAUUUAGUAACAUUUAGUAACUCCUGAUCUUGGGAGGGGGAGGGGUUCAUCAAGGAAAAUUGCUGGCGCUCCGAGUUUGAGUGUGCCGUCACCUCACACAUGCAAGAUGCAACGAGGCUUCCGAAGGCGCAUGGCAUGGUAUUUGCCUCCUGCCAUGGUCUUGUGGGCAACAAUGCCUGCUUGGCUGAACGCAGAAAACCGCCGGCAAGAAAUCAAGACAAUUUGAGA